AUGGAUAUCAGCCCUUUCUUAUAUGACAACCUACCUUAACCUUAAGAGAACAAUGAUCUGAUAUAAGAAGAUUGUCAUCAAUACCUUUCUAAAUUGAAUUUUAACAAAACUUUAUUUAGAAUGCAAAGUCCUGAACCUUCUAUUCAGGAUGAUUGUUUCUAGAAUGAAAAUGACAAAUCUUUUGAUGUUGAUUUUGCGGAUUUCAAUUAUAUUAAUGAAGAGAAGAAGUUUUCUUCAGAUGAUGAAGAAAACAAUUAAUGUUCUAAGAAGAUUUAAAAAGUGAAAAAAUUAAAAAAGAAGAGUAAAAAUAGAAAUGGACUACUUUCAGAGAAAGAAUUUACAGAAAUAAUGAAAAAAAUAGACUAGUGCCAAUAAAUAAUGAAUAUGAUUGAAAAUAUGUCAAUGAUUGUAAAUAGAUUUAAGCUCUAGUUACAGAAACAAAGAAAUUCAACUCUUAAGUGA